AUGUUAGGACAUAACAAACUACUCUUGGCUGUGGUUCUGACGACGGUCAUUACACUAAUCACGCCAAUUCAAUCCUCAGUUAUACCUCCCAAACUCAGCGGUGGUCGUAUCAAAGAAGGACACAUUGUUGGUGGUAUUGAAUCGGAUAUUACACAAACUCCCUAUCAAGUUUCCGUGCGUUUGGAUACCAGUGUUCUGUUGCACAUUUGCGGAGGUGCCAUUUAUUCUCCACGUGUCAUCAUAACCGCUGCCCAUUGCAUUAAAGGACGUUUUGCCUCAAAUAUCCGCAUUGUUGCUGGCACUUCAUCCAUUGUCGAUGAUGAUCCUGGUCAUCGGGUGAUUAAGCUAAUUUAUCAUCCUGGAUAUAAUAAGAAGACCCAUGUCAAUGAUGUCGGAUUGAUUAUCUUGGCAGAUCCUUUGGAAUAUUCCAAGACGGUACAACCAAUACCAUUGGCCGCUAAGAGACCUGAAUCGGGUAAUACUGCCAUCAUCAGUGGUUGGGGUAAAAAAGAUGAAUCGGCCACAACGAUGACAAAUCACCUGCAAAUGGCUGAAGUGGAAAUUGUUGAUCGCGAAUAUUGUGGCAGUCAAUAUGCCAGUCGUAGCUACGAUAUUACCGAAGAAAUGAUUUGUGCCGGUACAGAGGAUUCCAGUAAGGAUGCCUGCCAAGGUGAUUCGGGUGGCCCAUUGGUGGUUGAUGGUAAAUUGUCGGGUAUUGUUUCAUGGGGUAUUGGUUGUGCUCGUGAAGGUUUCCCUGGAGUUUAUGCUAGUGUGGCGUAUCAUACCCAAUGGAUUUUGGAUAAUGCUCAGCCCUAUUUGUGAGG